AUGUCGUGCCUGCACCCACAGAUUCUUUCGGCGGUGGUGAUGAGCGUCCAGGCGAAGCCGUUCCCGAAACACGAUCCGAUCUUUGAUGGUCUGUUGAGGUCUUUCGAGGGGAAGGAACCUCUCUACCAGGUGGCUGUCAACACAAGAGUCACCAGGAAUGCGAAUCCGGAAGCCUAUCUCUUCCAGACCGUCCAGAAGCAAGUGAAGCGGCUGCCCAUGCGGCCCUUUGGAUGAUCUCGGCGCUCGCAGCGCCCUCCCUGCCUUCUUCGGCUAGUGCUGCUCGCUUUAGCAUCUGAAUGCUGUAUGAGAUCUGUAGGUUCGGGCUAUAGAGCAGUUCAAUAAAGAUUAUGAACUCCCGUUUUAA